AAUUCGCCCUUAUUAUUAGCGCUGAUUACGAAAGUAAACGGAAACAAAUUUCAGCGACGAGUUAUAAUGGGUGGAAGAAGCGAUCGGUCGUAGGCAGAUACGCCGAGUCCCAGAUGCCGCGUAACCAGAAGCGAAUGCUUGUUGACGUUUAAAAAGCCGCGGGCUUUCCUAUUUGCCAAUUUCGACCUUACAUUUAUUUAUAUGGUGCGAUCUCUCGACUCCAGCCGCGGAGCCAGACUCGGCCGAGCUCGCUGUAAUUACCUUAGGAGCGAUGUGAAAAGUGUCAACCACCGUGAGAAGACGUAAAGGAGCCAACACCUGUUGCUUGGCCGUUAAUUAUCUCCGCAUAAAACCAUGGCUUAUCUUUUGAAGAAUCUGACGCACAGCAUUUGGCACGCAUUUCACGCGUUGCAACACGAUGUGUCAGGGAUUGUUGCUAAAUCGAAGCUAAAAGUUUUGACAGCAAAUAUUGGAACUUUAAUGGAUCUUUAUAGCGUUGAAAAGGGUUUGGAGCAUUAUCGAAGCACACAGACACUCACCUUCGAACAAUAUAUAUAUUAUUUACAAAAGGAGGUUUUCUCAUCGUUGACCGAUGCAACUUCGAUUCAAACUUGUAGAACCUUAGAAGAGGGCAUAGAUGAAAUUUGUUGGCUUGUUUGUCGAAAAAUUUAUUUAGACAGGCCUCACCCAAUUUUCAAAGACAACAGCGUCUAUCAAUUAUUCAGAAUAUUUUGCCUUCUCGCCGAAAUGGAGUCUGAUAUUAUGGAUGCGUCUUAUCUUGUAACAAUGCACAGCGACGAAGUGGCUCAAGUCGCCUCUCAAUUAGUGACAUCUUUAGGUCUCUGUUGGGAUGCUACAGAUUUUUCAGCUUUGUCCGCAGCAAUUGGAACUUUCCGAUUUCCAACAUUUUUGGCAGUUCUCGAAUCAAAGUAUAGCGGAGGAGGAUCUUUAGACAUCGAUGGCCUCACAGAAGCAAUCGAUGAUUUGUAUCAAACGUAUGUUGAAGAUGUCAUAAAGAAAGGUUAUUUAAUGAAGAAAGGCUACCUUCUACCGACUCUUCGAUACUUCUGGUUUGUCCUACGACCUGGGGAAUUAACUUAUUAUAAAGAUUCGCAGCAAAAAGAGGCCUCGGGUAUAAUAAUUCUAGAUACUAAUAGCUGGGCGGAUGCUGUAAGCAAUGGGGGAAAACCAGAUAGACGCUUCAUUAUAAGUACGCCAGAACACAGGUGCAUCGAGCUAGUCGCCGAAGAUCAUAGAGGCAGAUUGCAAUGGUUGUCGGCAUUACAAAUUGCUGUUCAACAUUCAGGAGAAAAACUUAGCUACCAGAGAAGUCUUGCUAACCAAAGAAGAUCGACGCGUCAGGCUAGCAAACAGGAAAAGGAAGAAACGAGAUUGGAAUUGCAACUUGAGCGACAAGCAAGAAUAGCUGCCGAGAUUCAAGCUAGAAAAUUAGAAGCAAUUUCAAAGGAAGAAUGUGCUAAAGUUCAGGAGCUUGAAGAUGUUAAGCAGAAGCUGGAAAUACUUUUGCAAGAAGAGAAACAAGCUCUCAGAGAUGAAGAAAUAGUAAGAAGUCUUCAAGCUCGUGUUUUGCGGGAAGAGUGGGAAAGGAGAGAGAAUAUGGAAAGGCUGCAGCAAGAGCAGCAGGAGCUUUUAGAAUUGGAAAAACUUAAAAGAAUGGAAUUUGAAUUGAAACAGCAAAAGAACGAAAGACAAUUACAAGAUGCUGAAAUGAGACUUCAACAAUUAGAAGCGGAAAAACAAAACUUAGAUGCAGAAUUGCAAGUAGCUCGUGAGAAAGUUAAGCGAACAGAAGAGGCACAAAUUCUUCUAGAAACACAGCUAGUUACGACCAGACCACGAAGCGGAGAAAGAAUAAGAAGAACGCAGAGUUUUAUACCUACAACGAAAGAAAGAUCGCUAGUUAUUGAUGACAGAGUAUCGUUACAGAAAGAUUGUUAAGAUUUUAUAUGCCUAUGUAUGGUUUAAGUCAUUUUUAAGUGACAAAUCUUUGUAUUAUUAAUAUGAAAAGUCUG